AAACAGACCACCGUCUGUUGUUGGUGUGGUUCGAGUGAGUGUGGCUUUUCUGGGCGUACCAACGUUUUCCUUCCUGAUCAUCUUCACCUCUACGUGAUCCUUAAGGCCUACCAUGUGGCGUUGUCGUCCGAUGACGUCACCCUCCAAUACGAGCUUCUCCCUGGCUCCUUCAGCGCUUCUUCGCUUCCGUUCCGGGUUCACCAGAUAUCCGGCGAGAUCACCAGUGAAGCUGUGCUCGAUCAUGAGACCAAUAAAAACUACGAGUUCAAGGCUACCGACGCCGAUUCAGGCAUUAAUGGCGAUGUCAACUACGCCAUUAAUCCGCCCAGUGCAGUGUUCGGUGUCGACUAUCAUACGGGCGUGGUGCAGACCAUCGCCAGCAGCUGA